AUGUCAUCGUCGUCAUCGUCGGUACCAAGAGCCAAGCCUUGGGAAUCUACUACAGAGAACACAAACGGGAAUACUCGGACUCACGAACCCGUAAUGACCGCCCCAGCAUCCAUUGAAGAAGAACGAGAGGGGCCAGAUAUGACGAUACCGAAAAGACCAGCCAGUUUGGUGCCACCACCACAACAGCAGGAGUCUAAUUAUAAUAGCAAUACUUAUGGAGGCAGCUAUAGUGCCAAUUCGUAUGGCGGUAAUUAUAAUAGUUCUUUUGGUGGUGGAACGCCGUAUGGAUAUGGACAUGGGUAUGGAUACGGUUAUAAUUCUCUUUAUAAUGAUAGUGGUAUGGGCAUGGGAAUGGGCAUGGGUAUGAAUAAUGGAAUGUAUGGAGGAGGAGGUAAUGGUAUGAUGAAUAAUAUCGGUGAUUCUACGAGAGCUACUUUCCAAUUAAUUGAAAGUAUUAUUGGGGCUGUUACUGGAUUUGCACAAAUGUUAGAAUCAAGUUAUUUAGCUACGCAUAAUUCAUUUUUCACUAUGAUUUCUGUUGCUGAGCAAUUCAGUUAUUUGAAAGAGAGUUUGGGUUCCUUUUUAGGUAUUUUUACUGUCAUAAAAUUCUUGAAAAAAAUUCUUUAUCGUACUACUAAGGGUAGGAUGGGUAAAUUAGGAAUAAAUGGUCGCUCUGAUAAUAGUCCAAGUUCCAUGAUUGAAGAAUUCAAAAAAUUUGCCAAUAAUAAUGGUGGGAAUGAAAAAGAUGAAGGGAAGAAAAGGAAAAGAAUAUCAUGGAAGCCAUUAAUCGUUUUCUUAAUGGCAGUGUUUGGAUUCCCAUAUUUAUUGAAUAAAUUUAUUGCAAGAUUGAAUGAAAAUCAACAAAAGUUUCUUAAGAAUAACAACAAAGAAAUCAUUGAUCCCAAUAAGAUUGAAUUUGCAAGAGCCCUAUAUGAUUUUGUUCCAGAGAAUCCUCAAAUUGAAGCUGAAUUAAAGAAGGGAGAAUUAAUGGCUAUAAUAAGUCAGAGAGAUCCUGUAGGUAGAGAAUCCAAUUGGUGGAAAGUACGAACCAAAGAUGGGUCUAUGGGGUACGUUCCUUAUAAUUAUAUAGAAGUUAUUAAGCGAACGACAAAACGGAUUGAAGAUGUGGAUGAAAACUGA